ACGAAAGCCAAGUUACACGCAAACCAUAUUUGUUAGUGGCAUCUGAGGAGAACGGCGUCCUUAGCACCUGUUGACAGUGUCGUCGUCAUUUCCAUUUUAAGUUCAAGGUUUUGCUUUUGUACGUAAUACAGCUUGCGGUGUAACAUAUUGAUAAGGAAAAGUACUACAGAGCUUUUGGGCUUUUGUUUGAUUCAUAAUUUGGCCGUCUUCUUCGAAUAUCCAAUGGUCCAUUGCCGUGUAGCUUUCUUGGCUCUGAUAACACUCGCUUUGAGUGCUUUUGGAGGCUGCGCUGGAGCACCCGAAGCAGCGAUCCAAGCCAAAGUGGGCAGCCAUGACGACAGCAUUGUCUGCUUCGUCAUACGCACAUAUUGGGCCCAUGGAGAUACCUGGGGGGACAAGUCGCUUAGGAGGAUACUUGGCUCCUUACGGAACCAAACCUUGGGCAGGUGGGAGGCGCUCUUGGUUGUGAUGGAUAACCGGCCCUUCCCGGAGCUUAGGCGCAUAGUGCGAGAACUCAACGACUCCAGGAUAUGGGUCCAAGCGGAAUGGAUCAAUUUCAAGUACAACCCGAAGGAGAGCGGGUCGUGGUCUCCUGGCUACCACAACAAGCUGUAUAACCUCACAGAUACCGCCAUAAGGGCCUGCCCCGCGAAGUCGUAUUGGGUGGUGGCGACCAACGGCGACAACAGCUACGACUCCAAGUUCGUGGAGACGGUGUUCGCUGCGCCGCGGGGUGUGGACGUCGUGGCAGUGAACUUCUACAGCAGAUAUCAGCGACCGACGGCGCUGCCCUGUGAGCGCUUCGAGGAGGGCGAGGGAGUUCCUCAUUGCAAGGAGAAUGAGAUGCGCUUCUGCCAGACGGACCUAGCCGCCAGUGCGUACCGCCUGGAGCGGCUGCUGGCGGAAAACCGUCUCUUCGGGGAGCUGGACCCGGGGGGCUCACACGGCGCCAACGAUGGCAUCAUGGCGCAGACUAUCCUGACAGCGGGCUGGAAGGUCCACUACGUGCGCGACCGGUGCCUGGUGAACCACUCACCGAGUCCGCAGCAGUGCGCGCUUGCGGGUGGGGUGUGGGACGACAGCAUCAUGUACCAGGCCACAGGCUUCGGUGGCGCCUGCGUGCACGCAAAGACGGUGUUGGAGCGCAUGCGCGUGCACCCCAACGCCUAUGAGCUGCUGGAGCUCAACGUCACAUUUGACCGGCAGUCCUUCGGCUACGACCAGUACCCCUUCCUGGAGCUUAAAUGCCUGCGGCUCGCUGACCAGUCGCAGUGGUUCCGGUUUGAGACGUAUGGCCGCGUGUGCGCUGCGCGCGUGGACCGGAAGGACAUCCCCGAUGACAUUCCGCCGCACCCCUGGGACGACUGGGUCCCCAGCUCGGAGGAUACUGAGCAGCAGGGGGAUGUGGCAGAGGAGGGGGAGGAGGGGGAAGAGCAGUGGCAGCCGGCUGCGGCAAGCAAUGAGGAUUCGCCAGUGUGGCGCCCUCCGAAGUUCCACGAGGCUCCUCAAUUGCAACACCCGAGGGUGUUUCGCGCCAAGAUGCGCAAGGGCGAGAGUCGCAAGCACGUUGACGCGAUGGAUAGACAAAAGCGCAAAGCCCACACACAAACAAAGGAAUACCAAGGGGGCAAAAGCGAAGAAGGAAAAAACCGCAGCACCCACAUGAGACAACUUAUUAACAGUUUUCUAGCCAGAAAACGAGCCCACGCUGCAGUUCGCUGCCGAUCAUCGUGAGUACAACAUAGUAGCAUGGGCCCCAAACGGCUGCAGGUGCAUAGACCGCACCCCACACUUCACGGACCGAAGCUGGACAACACAAAACUCACUACACAGACGAGAGACAAGCACCUCUGAACCUAACUACUCCGCAAAAACCAGGGGAACCGGGGGGAGAUGGCACCCGGGGGGUAAAACAAUCGGGAACAUCUCUUUGCAGCAACAGG